AUGGCUGUCAUGACCUCCUUCACUGCUCCUUGCUUCCCGGUCAUCGAGGCUGGACGCAGCGGUUACAACCAGAAGCCCGAUGAGGAGGAUGAGUACCGUCUCCAGGGUCGCUCCGGCUAUAACAAGGGCAAUGACGAUGAGGAGGAGGAGAAGAAAUAA